GGUUAAGGGCGUAUGACUUCUCUACAUUCUCCAUUCCCUUAGUACAUUAAAUAACUUCCUGCAUUGUUAGUGUUACUGGUAGACCUGAACUUUUAGGAAAUGCCUCUAACCCAUCCCAUUUUCAGCGGAAAUAUAUCCUCAUUCGGUGUACGUGUCACAAGCUAGCAACAUUAGCGAGAGCAGAAGAAGUUAUCUGGCACCGUAAGUAGGAUCUCUUUAUACAGUAUGCAUUUGGAUUUUGACAAGGUUUAUCAAAGUUUUAAAAAGGGUCAAGGUCAAGGAUAUGGUUAUAUGUGAAAUGAGGACAGGAUUAAACUGGAUAUUUCUGGGUGUACUCAGGAAGUUAGUAGCUUGGAGUAGAAGACCCUCAUGAGACCAUAAAACAUGACUCAGAGACAGAUAUCUGGAGACAAAAAGUUAACAUUGUUGAGGGAAGAUUAGUGAGAUGAAAAAGGAAGUGAACGUAAAGAACAUACAGUACCAGAGUGUGUAAAACUAGCUUAUCAGUUGUAGGGGAUAGCCUAUAAGCUUUUUUCUACCCUUGAGAAAUGUUUAAUGCAUUGUUUUAUGUUCAAAAUAAACACUGUUUACAAAUUAUUGAAAUGAAGAUGAACAGUGUCUUUAUAGGGAGCCAACAAAUAACUUUUAUGGUAUACUAAUUUUGGAUAUAUGUAGCUCUGUUAAGAAUGAAAGUGGAACAUCAAGUCAUUUCCUCUUUCUUUGUGCUGCUAAAGUUUCAAAAGGUAACUUGAAAUGCUCUCUUUCUCUCCCUCUCUCCCUCUUUCUCUCCGUCUCUUUCUCUCCCUCUCUCCCUUUCACUCUCUCUCCCUCUCCCUCUCUUUCUCUCCCUCUCUUUCUCUCUUUGUCUCCCUCUCUCUUUCUAUCCCUCUCUCCUUCUCUUUCUCUCUCUCCCUCUUCAGGGCAAGCUGCUUCUCUCCAUUCUUAGUUUGCUGCCAUGUCUUCAGAUGGUAAUGUGACAUAUUUGCUUUGGGAUCAACAAAAAAAUGUUUGUCAUUUACUUUUUCUACAACUGCUGUAGUGAAAUUGCUGUAUUUGUAUAUAAUUUGUCUACCAUGUUUUGUAGUUAUGAAAUCAAAAGGGUCCGAAAAGAUUCACAUUGUGAGUAAUGAUAAUAAAUGACAUAAAGGUAGCAAGAAUCAUACUGCUAGAGAGCAUUAAUACUACACCAUUGAUAUUACAUGGACACAUACUAUAAUGUAGUUUUUAUGUUGUGUGUUUCGAACAUAAAUGAAAACAAAACUUCCCAGCUUCGUACCUGUUUAGUCUUGUCCACUUAGGGCCACAUUUACGUGAUUGUGGGAAUCAAGUGUGAUUGUCUAAUAUUGGCUUGAUAAUUUUAACUCUCUCUUUUCUAACCUGACUAUCAGGUGCCGAUUUUGUGGAUAGACACAUGGCUAUUCUCAUCCAGAGGGUCCACACGGUGAUGCCUAUAGCAGAUGAUCUGCUCAGCAAUGACAUGAUCAGUGAUGAGGAGUACUCUAAUAUUCACACUUCCCAGACCAGCCAGGACAAGAUGAGAACGUUGUACCCAUUCUUACAGUCAGGAGGGCCAAAAGUGAAAUCAGCCUUCUACAGGAGUCUGCUGAAACAUAACAGUUUUCUAGUCAACGAUCUGGGUACAUUCCUCUCUCUUCCUCUUGAUAGUGGUGCAAUUUACAAGACUACUGUUAUGUAGAAUAUAUUAACUUUUUACACAUUUACCAUUUGUCACACUUUCCCCCAUUCUGUGUUUAAGAACAUAAACUACUCUCUGAUGUUAGUUUUAUUAAGGUAAAGUAAACAUUUAACCAAGUCACAACUAAAGUGAAAUCUGUCAGUCUCUGUAAGUGGUUGUCUUGACAGACAAAAGAGGCAGACCAUAACUGACCAUUAUACUCUCAAUGUUUGUCUGUUUUCAUUUCUAAUUACUUCAUCACCCAGUCUGUAAUAUACAGACACCUGCCCUUUAUGAAAUAACAAUUCCUCAAAAGAUCUGUCUUUUUCUCUUUCCCUCCUUCCUUCCCUCCCACCCUCCCUCCCUCCCUCCCUCCCUCCCUCCCUCUAUGGGGCCCUUUUGAAGUUCAAGGAUAUUCUUCUUCAGAGAGAUCUAGAGGACAUCUUCAGCCAGGUGUUGUAUUUUAUAAUUUCUCUCUCAGGUCCUCUUUAGGCUUAUCUUUAUUGGCAAUAAUAAAAUGUAUGGUAUAUAUCCACCAUUGUGGAUAUGGUAUGGUAGUUCUCAAUGACAUGAUUCUGUGCGUUAUAUGCAGUCAGAUCCAUCAUUAUUGGCAAUCUUGAGACUGUAUUAAAUAAAUAAUACAAAUACUGAGCUAUAUGGUAAGUAAAAAAAAAAAAAAGUAGGGAAUUGUAUUAUUUUAUACUAAUACAAUUGUUUAGAGAAAUAUAUAUAUGUAACCCUCUCACCAGGCUCGAAUUUGACUCUCACAAUAUUACCUUAUUUAGAAUAUCUGAACAGCAUGGGAUAUUAGGUGAGAAGGACAUCUCCAAUAAGAAUCCCUAUUGUAAACUUGCUAGGGUGAAUGACAAAUAGGGUAUUAACUUCAGAUAGAAUGAUUAUAGACUUGGUUAUUAUUAUAAGGAUAUGCUUUCCCAUGCAUUAAAUGAAACUGAAACAGUAAAUGACUCCACCAAUACAACAGACAUAAGGUUCAAGAUCUAUAUUAAUCAAAUUUUCAAUGUAUCACAUCAGAAGAAAUAAAAAUAAUAAACCCCAAUGAUUUUUCCACAACCCAUGUCCAAAUUAUUUGCAAGCUUGCUUAAACCCUGGGCGCGCGUUGGAGCUCAUAAAAAAAUGACGACAUACAUAAAGUCCCGAAGUCCACCCCACAUUUGUAGUUACUCACUACUUGUAGAUAAUGCCUCAGCAAAAUAUAGUAGUUCCGUGCAGGUGUCCUCACAAGAUCCACAGCGAUCACAGCUAUCAAUGCAGCCAGUACUCCGUAGCAGCAACAGACAUCCGUUGGAAACCCGAACUCGUUGAUCGUCACAAGCAAUUCUCUCCAUGUCUUGCACGAUGCUAGGCUAACCUCUAGAUAGAAUGUCGAAUGUCUCCACAAUGCGACGGCAGCUUCAGUCUCCACUAGGUCUUUCUUAACGAAAUAAUAAACACUUUCUUAUAGAAAUAAAAUCAGGAUUUCUCUUUAAAAAAACUCUGUAGGUAUGGUUUUGUUCUCUCUUUAUCGUUUCCUUUGGUCGUUUUUUCCUUCACCAACCCCACUAACUUCUCUCCCUUCUUUCAGCCUUUCCCUCUCUUUUCUUUCCCAGCAACCAGUCCACUCUCCCAUUGGCCACAACUUAACAAGUUACCUCAUUGGUCAAAACUUUAACGAGAUACGUGGGAAACUUAAACUUAAAAGUAAACCAACCUAUUCACUUGUACAUUUUUUUAAAAACAUUGCUUCAAAAUAAAUGCAUUAAUGACAUUACAAAUCAGAAGCUAUUCGAUCACCUUUUAAAUCUAAUACCAAUGAAUUAUAACAAAUAAACUCUAUACUUGGUUUUAGCAAGGUAUUACAUAUAUUUUUAACAAGUAAUACAAAACAUUUCUAAAAAAGAUAGGGGUAAAAAUGAUUGGCACCCCUGUUUUCAAUACUCUAGCACCCUCCCCUUGCGAAGAUAAUUACACUGAGCCUUUAACUAAAAUGUUUUAUGAGAUUGGAGAACACGUUGUGAAAGAUCUUAAACCAUUCCUCCAUUCAGAAUCUUUCCAGAUCCUUGAUAUCCUUUGCCUGCUCUUAUGGACUACCCUCUUCAAUUCAAACUACAGGAGACUGAGAUGGCCAUUGCACAGUGUUGAUUUUGUGGUCAAUUGAUUUUGAUUAGUGCUUGGGGUUAUUAUCAUACUGGAAGUGUCAGCCUCCUGGCAGAGGCAACCAGGUUUUUGGCUAAUAUGUCCUGGUACUUGGUAAAGUUCAUGAUGCCGUUGACCUUAAGGGCCCCAGGACCAGUGGAAGCAAAUUAGCCCCAUAACAUCAAAGAUCCACCACCAUAUUUUACCACCAAACCACCCACUGGUGUGGUUGAGCUCUAUUUUCAUGUUAUCUAACCAUAUAACUAGUUCCCAUUCAUGUGAAAAUAGAGCUCUUUGGCCACACACACCAGUGGUGGGUAUGGCGUUGAAAAAUAGAAGCAUAUGCAGAAAAGUACCUUAUACCUACGGUAAAAUAUGGUGGGGAUCUUAGAUGUUCUGGGGCUAUUUUGCUUCCACUGGUCCUGGGGCCCUGGUUAAGGUCAAUGGCAUAAUGAACUUUACCAAGGACCAGGCCAUUUUGGCCCAAAACUUGGUUGCCUCUGCCAGGAGGCUGACACCUGGCCGCAAGUGGAUCUUCCAGCAAGACAAUUAAACCAAGCAAUAAUCCAACUCCACAAAGAAAUGGUUAAUUGACUACAAAAUCCACAUUUUGAAAUAGCCAUCUCAGUCUCCGGACUUGAACCCCAUUGAAAACCUGUGGUUUGAAUUGAAGAGGGCCGUCCGUAAGAGAAAAAGAAGGAUAUCAAGGAUCUGGAAAGAAGAUUCUGUAUGGACGAAUGGUCUAAGAUAGAUCCCUCCCAAUGUGUUCUCCAAUUUCAUAAAACAUUAAAGAAAAAGGCUAUGUGUCGUUUGAACUCUAUUUCUUUUACAUUUUUUUCAUUACAUGUUAAUCCAAAUAUAUUUAUCUGAGCAAUUGUAUUAGUAUAUACAGUACCAGUCAAAAGUUUGGACACACCUACUCAUUCAAGGGUUUUUCUUUAUUUUAAAAUGUUUUUACAUUUUAGAAUAAUAGUGAAGACAUCAAAACUAUGAAAUAAUACAUAUGGAAUCAUGUAGUAACCAAAAAAGUGUUAAACAAAUCAAAAUAUAUUUUAUAUUUGAGAUUCUUCAAAUAGCCACCCUUUGCCUUGAUGACAGCUUUGCACACUCUUGGCAUUCUCUCAAGCAGCUUCACCUGGAAUGCUUUUCCAACAGUCUUGAAGGAGUUCCCACAUAUGCUGAGCACUUGUUGGCUGCUUUUCCUUAACUCUGCCAUCCGACUCAUCCAAAACCAUCUCAAUUGUGUUGAGGUCGGGGGAUUGUGGAGGCCAGGUCAUCUGAUACAGCACUCCAUCACUCUCCUUCUUGGUAAAAUAGCCCUUACACAGCCUGGAGGUGGUUUGGGUCAUUGUCCUGUUAAAAAACAAAUGAUAGUCCCACUAAGCCCAAACCAGAUGGGAUGGCGUAUCGCUGCAGAAUGCUAUGGUAGCCAUGCUGGUUAAGUGUGCCUUGAAUUCUAAAUAAAUCACAGACAAUGUCACCAGCAAAGCACCCCCACACCAUAACACCUCCUCCUCCAUGCUUUACGGUGGGAAAUACACAUGCGGAGAUCAUCUGUUCACACACUCUGUGUCUCAAAAAGACAUGGCGGUUGGAACCAAAAAUCUCCAAUUUGGACUCCAGACCAAAGGACAAAUGUCCACCGGUCUAAUGUCCAUUGCUCGUGUUUCUUGGCCCAAGCUGGUCUCUUCUUCUUAUUGGUGUCCUUUAGUAGUGGGUUCUUUGCAGCAAUUCGACCAUGAUGGUCUGAUUCACACAGUCCCCUCUGAACAGUUGAUGUUGAGAUGUGUCUGUGACUUGAACUCUGUGAAGCAUUUAUUUGGGCUGCAAUUUCUGAGGCUGGUAACUCUAAUGAACUUAUCCUCUGCAGCAGAGGUAACUCUGGGUCUUCCAUUCCUGUGGUGGUCCUCAUGAGAUCCAGUUUGAUCAUAGCGCUUGAUGGUUUUUGCGACUGCACUUGAAGAAACUUCCAAAGUUCUUGAAAUGUUCUGUAUUGACUGACCUUCAUGUCUUAAAGUAAUGAUUGGCUGUCGUUUCUCUUUGCUUAUUUGAGCUGUUCUUGCCAUAAUAUGGACUUGGUCUUUUACCAAAUAGGGCUAUCUUCUGUAUACCCCCCAACCUUUUCACAACACAACUGAUUGGCUCAAACGCAUUAAGAAGGAAAGAAAAUCCACAAAUUAACUUUUAAGAAGGCACACCUGUUAAUUGAAAUGCAUUCCAGGUGACUACCUCAUGAAGCUGGUUGAGAGAAUGCCAAGAGUGUGCAAAGCUGUCAUCAAGGCAAAGGGUGGCUACUUCGAAGAAUCUCAAAUAUAAAAUAAAUUUCGAUUUGUUUAACACUUUUUUGGGUACUACAUGAUUCCAUAUGUGUUAUUUCAUAGUUUUGAUGUCUUUACUAUUAUUCUACAAUGUAAAAAUUAAUACAAUAUUAUGCAAGCUACAGUAUUGUAUUAUUUAUUUUGUUGUAUUUUUUGCUAAUAUUUAUCAGGGGAUCCAAUAAUUAUGGACCUCACUGUAUGUAUGAUGUUAUCCAAUCUUAGGUCCUGCAUUACCUCCUGCCUCCAAUAUAUUGCCUGGGACUGGAAGACAAUCAGUUGAACGUGGUGAGCUUUCAACCAUUUUGACAUGCUUGUUAUAACCACCCAAGAACCACACCUAAAGAUCCAAUUGACCAAAGAGUAUUCCCCCUUUUUGGUUCCGAAUUUACAACUGCAUGUAUGCAGUUCAAUACUCCUUACAGAUUAUGUUAAAUGCAACACAGCAAUAGGUUGUCACGAUCGUCAGGGAGAGAAGUAGACCAAUGCGCAGCGUGUUGAACGAACAUACUUUAAUUAGUUAAAGUGUCAAACAAAAUACAAAACAAGAAACGACUCGUGAAGUCCACGGUGACAAUGACCGAACACGGAACAAAAACCCACAAACACAAAGGGAAAACAGACAGUUUAAAUAUGGCUCCCAAUCAGAGACAACCAGCCAACAGCUGACACUCGUUGCCUCUGAUUGGGAGUCACUCAGGCAAAACAUAGAAAUCAACAAACUAGAACCCCCAACAUAGAAAUAAACACAUAGAAUGAACACACCCUGGCUCAACAUAAUGAGUCCCAGAGCCAGGGUGUGACAGUACCCCCCCCUAAAGGCGCGGACUGCGACCGCGCCUCAAAAAGAGCAAAACAGGGGAGGGCUGGGUGGGCAUACCUCCUCGGCGGCGGUUCUGGCUCCGGCCUUGCCCACCACCCUCCAAUAAUCCCCCCAUAGCACCCCUGGUCCGGUCUGGCCCCGCUGGCUGGAGCUGACCUGGACGUAGCAGGAGCGGCUAGCUUCAGCUCCGUUGUGGAGCAGUUGAGCGGUACCUGAUUUGGCACCGAUGACCCAGGCACGGGUUGUGCCGGACUGACUACGCGCACCCCUGGCUUGGUGCGUGAGGCAGGAACUGACCGGACCGGGCUGACGAUGCGCACCCCUGGCUUGGUGCGUGGAGCAGCAACGGGCCGGACCGGGCUGACGAUGCGCACCCCUAGCUUGGUGCGUGGAGCCGGAACGGGCCUCACCGGACUGACGACUCGCACCCCUGGCUUGGUGCGUGGAGCCGGAACGGGCCUCACCGGACUGACGACUCGCACCCCCGGCUUGGUGCGUGGAGCCGGAACGGGCCUCACCGGACUGACGACUCGCACCCCUGACUUGGUGCGAGUAGCAGGAACGGGCCUCACCGGACUGACGACUCGCACCCCUGGCUUGGUGCGAGUAGCAGGAACGGGCUGGACCAGGCUGACGACUCGCACCCCUGGCUUGGUGCGAGUAGCAGGAACGGGCUGGACCAGGCUGACGACUCGCACCCCUGGCUUGGUGCGAGUAGCAGGAACGUUCUGGACCAGGCUGACGACUCGCACCCCUGGCUUGGUGCGAGUGGCAGGAACAGGCCGGGCCGGGCUGGCGACUCGCACCCCUGGCUUGGUGCGAGUGGCAGGAACAGGUCGGGCCGGGCUGGCGACGCGCACCGUAGGCUUGGUGCGAGUGGCAGGAACAGGCCGGGCCGGGCUGGCGACGCGCACCGUAUACUUGGUGCGAGUGGCAGGAACAGGCCGGGCCGGGCUGGCGACGCGCACCGUAUACUUGGUGCGAGUGGCAGGAAUAGGCCGGGCCGGGCUGGCGACGCGCACCGUAGACUUGGUGCGAGUGGCAGGAACAGGCCGGGCCGGGCUGGCGACGCGCACCGUAGACUUGGUGCGAGUGAAAGGAACAGGCCGGGCCGGGCUGGCGACGCACCCCGUAGGCUUGGUGCGUGGAGCAGGGACAGGCCGGGCUGGGCUGGCGACGCACUCCGUAGGCUUGGUGCGUGGAGCAGGGACUGGCCGGACUGGGCUGGCGACGCACACCGUAGGCUUGGUGCGUGGAGCAGGGACAGGCCGGACCGGGCUGGCGACGCACACCGUAGGCUUGGUGCGUGGAGCAGGGACUGGCCGGACUGGGCUGGCGACGCACACCGUAGGCUUGGUGCGUGGAGCAGGGACAGGCCGAGCCGGGCUGUGGACGCACACCGUAGGCUUGGUGCGUGGAGCAGGGACAGGCCGAACCGGGCUGUGGAGACGGAUAGGAGCCCUGGAGUGAAGAGCGGCCACAACCCGUCCUGGCUGAAUGCCUACCCUCACACACUCUGUGUGAGGCAUCCGCACAGGACGUACAGGGCGGUGUAUCCGUAACCUGGUGGCCUCCAGAAUCCGCCCCUCUUUUGCCUCCGUCAGCCCCGUCGUCCAUGCCGUGUGCCCCCCCCCUAAAAAAUUUCUGGGGUUGCCUCUCGACCGCCCGACGACGACCCUGUUCACGCCGUUGCUCCUCUCUACGGCGCGCCUCCACCGUCUCUUCUCCCGGCGCUUCCUCCCAUGUCCAGCCCAAGAGCUGCCCCUAGACACGCUGCUUGGUCGUUGCAUGGUGGGUUUUUCUGUCACGAUCGUCAGGGAGAGAAGUAGACCAAUGCGCAGCGUGUUGAACGAACAUACUUUAAUUAGUUAAAGUGUCAAACAAAAUACAAAACAAGAAACGACUCGUGAAGUCCACGGUGACAAUGACCGAACACGGAACAAAAACCCACAAACACAAAGGGAAAACAGACAGUUUAAAUAUGGCUCCCAAUCAGAGACAACCAGCCAACAGCUGACACUCGUUGCCUCUGAUUGGGAGUCACUCAGGCAAAACAUAGAAAUCAACAAACUAGAACCCCCAACAUAGAAAUAAACACAUAGAAUGAACACACCCUGGCUCAACAUAAUGAGUCCCAGAGCCAGGGUGUGACAUAGGUGCUAUGCUAAUACAAUGUGUAACUGUAGCUAGGCCUACUUUAGAUGUAGGAUCUUCAUUUGAUCACCCUGUUGAAGGAGAACUUUCCUGAAAUGCAGGAAAUGUAAAACUUGUAGUGUAUUUGAGGUUUGAAAAGGCUUCUGAAGUUUGUUAUUUUCACUUUAACAUGUCAGACUUGAUUUUCCCAUACAAAAAAUGUAUCAACCCUUACACAAAUGUCCGUUAAUUAUAAUCCACAUAAUAAUUCACCUUUCCUGUUGCUUCAGGAUUAUUUUCCUGUGGUAUCAAACUUGCUCAAAUUAAGAUCCUACAUCUGUAUAAUUCUCAUAAGUCUAUGAUUUAACAGAUCAGGUUCUGUGUCUUGACAAUAAAGGUUCUGUAGGGUGGUAUUUUCUGUCUUAACACAGUGUUGUAAUUUUGAUACAGCUUCAGAUGAGGAAUCAGUUGGAAAGAUCACAUACUACCCCAAUGACGAACUUGGAAAAGGUGCCGAUGGAAUUGUGUUCAGGUAAACCAGCUUAAACAUUAUUGUGUAAAUGUGUUUGUAACCCUAAACCCCUCUUUGCUCUUUGUAGCAAAAAUGUCCUUAUGAUCGCUUCAUUGACUAGAUGUUUAUCUUUCUCUACCGCUGUCCUCCAGGGGUUUCUUCCGUUGUGAUGAUGCCAACAAGCGUCCUGCUGCAGUGAAGAGAAUUGAAAUAGCAAAACAAAGCUAUGCUGAUCGAGAGGUCGUUUUGCUUGUUAAAUUGGACUACAAUCCCCAUGUCGUCCGCUACUUCUGCACUGAGAAGGACAAGCAAUUCCUAUACAUUGCCAUCGAGCUGUGUGACGCCUCUUUAGAUAAGGUCUAAUUGAAUGACUCACUAUUUUAUUCUCAGAUUUAUCCAAGGGGAUCAAACUUAAUUAUAUAAGUCUCACAUCAUGAUUAUCUAUGUUAGAAUAUAUACUGAACAAAAAUAUAAACGCAACAUGAACAAUUUCGAAGAUUUUACUGAGUUACAGUUCAUAUAAGAAAAUCAGUCAAUUGCAAUACAUUAAUUAGGCUCUAAUCUAUGGAUUUCACAUGACUGGGAAUACAGAUAUGCAUCUGUUGGUCACAGAUACCUUAAAAAAGGUAGGUGCGUGGAUCAGAAAACCAGUCAGUGUCUGGUGUGACCACCCUUUGCCUCAUUCAGCACAACACAUCUCCUUUGCAUAGAAUUGAUCAGGCUGUUGAUUGUGGCCUGUGGAAUGUUGUCCCACUCCUCUUUAAUGGCUGUGCGAAGUUUCUGGAUAUUGGCGGGAACUGGAACACGCUGUUGUACGCGCCGAUCCAGAGCAUACUAAACAUGCUCAAUGGGUGGCAUGUCUGGUGAGUAUAAAGGUCAUGGAAGAACUGUAACAUUUUCAGCUUCCAGGAAUUGUGUACAGAUCCUUGAGACUGGGGGCCAUGCAUUAUCAUGCUGAAACUUGAGGUGAUGGCGGCGGAUGAAUGGCGCGACAAUGGGCCUCAGGAUCUUGUCACAGUAUUUCUGUGCAUUCAAAUUGCCAUAGAUGAAAUGCAAUUGUGUUCGUUGUCCGUAGCUUAUGUCUACCCAUACCAUAACUGACUGCCACCAUGGGGCACUCUGCUCAUAACGUUGACAUCAGCAAACCGCUUGCCCACAAGACGCCAUACACGUGGUCUUCGGUUGUCAGGCCAGUUGGGCGUACUGCCAAAUUCUCUGAAACAACGUUGGAGGUGGUUUAUGGCAGAGAAAUUAACAUUACAUUCUCUGGCAACAGCUCUGGUGGACAUUCCUGCAGUCAGUGUGCCAAUUGCACGCUCCCUCAAAACUUGAGACAUCUGUGGCAUUGUGUUGUGUAACAAAACUGCACAUUUUAGAUUGGCCUUUUAUUGUCCCCAGCACAAGGUGCACUUGUGUAAUGAUCAUGCUAUUUAAUCAGCUUCUUGAUAUACCACACCUGUCAGGUGGAUGGAUUAUCUUGGCAGAGGAGAAAUGCUUACUAACGGAUGUAAACAAAUUUGUGCACAACAUUUUAGAGAAAUAAGCUUUUUGUUUAUAUGGAAAAUGUCUGGGAUCUUUUAUUUCAGCUCAUGAAACAUGGGCCCAACACUUUACAUGUUGCGUUUAUAUAUAUAUAUAUGUUUUACUUUCCAAGGUUAGAAUGCUUGGGGUUCAUCAGCUCACUAAUACUUGUGUGUCUCUUCCAGUGUUUUACUAAAGAAAAUCCUUUUGACCUUCGCGGACUGAAACCAGUGACGCUGCUGGAACAGACCAUGAUAGGACUGAAACACCUGCACUCUCACAACAUAGGUUAUAAUGAUAUGCUGUAUACUGUAGAUAAUCCUAGUGAAGUUACAGUAUUCAUGACUUUUCCUUACAUUAUCAUUGAUCAGAUCUUCCCUCAACUCCAUCCUGAUCUUUUCUCCCCAGUCCACCGUGAUGUGAAGCCCUACAACAUCCUGUUGAAAAAAGACUCUGCCUCAUUCAUGGUCAAGAUCUCAGACUUUGGGAUGAGUAAGCAGUUGGCGGACGGCAGACAAAGCUACAGCAUGAGGUCGGGAGCCCUUGGCACCAUCGGCUGGAACGCCCCAGAGGUCCUGGAUGAGAGCAGGAAAGGAAACCCUGUGAGUGACCCCUGAUCUUUACACUGGACCAGAGAACAGCUCAAGUCAUUACAGAUUCAGAGAUAAUUGAGAAAGAAAUGCGGUGCAAUAGGCUAAUUGGGAUUUCCUUAUUCAAGUAAAUAAUAAUGUAUUUAAAGGUUUGGCCCAUUGCUCAAAGGUACAGUUCAACCUAAGAUUAAAGUUGAUCAUCUAUUGUGGAGAUCAAGCUACAGUAUAUUAUACAUAAAUAAGAAAGAUAGGCACCAUCUACACAACCAUGGUGUGGGAUGUGGACUAUGCUCGACAUUAGACCACUUUUAGGGCUAAAAUAAUUACCACUUUCCAUCCACAGUUUUUAUGCCAGUAAAGUCAUACCAUAUUUUUAAAAAUGUGAUGGAAUCAGGAAGUUUCGGUACAAUUUUAUGAAUGCCGAUAGAUAAUUUGUUUGUUCUGUCUGUAAAAUUCAUAAUGUGAGAAAUGGCAUAUAUAUUUUUUACUUUCCAAGGUUAGAAUGCUUGGGGUUCAUCAGCUCACUAAUACUUGUGUGUCUCUUCCAGUGUUUUACUAAAGAAAAUCCUUUUGACCUUCGCGGACUGAAACCAGUGACAAGCAUUCUAACCUUGGAAAGUAAAAAAUAUAUAUGCCAUUUCUCACAUUAUAAAUUUUACAGACAGAACAAACAAAUUGCGGCUUUAUGCGCAAAUAUUGAUAUAAUAACCAUCAUAAUGAAUUAAACUUGGAGUUAAACUUGGAGGCGAUGAUAUGUUGUGUGGUCCACCCACUAUGACUUCGGAAACCAUGCCGUUUACUAGGCUACAGAUGAAAUCAGUUAUAAUGAACUUCACAGGGUGGUGAAAGUGCAUGGCGAUGAGCUGGAUGGUCCUUUCUAAUUAACAUUGAGGGUCUUAUUCUGGUUUUGGGGUCUAAAAAUGUCUUACAAAUUUGUGAACUAUUCUGUUAGGUUGCCUGUAGAUUGGAACUAGUAACGAUGGUGGUACUGUACUGAAACAACUAUUAUUAAAGACACUCCUCUUCCUCCACAGACCAGUGCUGUGGACAUCUUCUCUGCCGGCUGUGUGUUUUACUAUGUGUUGACAGGAGGCAAACAUCCCUUUGGGGAACCCAAACGGAGGGCUGGUAAUAUCGAGGAUGGCGAAUAUAAACUCGACGGAUUACAGAAAGACAAACAUGGUAAAACUAGUGUACAACUGAAAGGUUGUUUCUGAAAUGAUCAUUAGAGUACUACUUAAUUUAAAGGCAAAUAGUCCUUUUUUUGCAGUGGCAUCAUGUAACUUUUGAUGGUUGUGGUUUUUGAAAUGUAAUUAUUGAUAAAUAUAUGACUGGAAACAUUGUGCUUAUGAUUAACUAAAACCAUUACGCUAUUGGUCUCAUAUGAGUUUAGAGGCUCUAUUUUAACAAACCUAACACAAUGGUAAAUCUUAGCGCUAUUGUGCAGCGCUAUAGGUUCCGGGUUGUCUAAAAUAUUUGUACUAUUUUCACAUGGGGAAUUAUGGGUGCUGUAGCAAAAGGGAUUUUUGAUGAAUACAUCAACUGUAGGUUUCCCAGGCUUGACCCUUCACUGGCCAAUCAGAACAUGCUCCAUGGCUAAAUAUGUGGUAUCUUCAAGUUGAGCAUUUACAGUUUUUCAUGUAUUGCGUAGUCAUCAACUCCAAUUCAAUUGUUAUUCCGUUAUAGCCUAAUUUGUUAAAUAGUCUACAGAGACAAAAUAACAAAAUAUAGACUUAUCCCAUCUUUACUCAUUAUGUUGAACAUGUUUGCAGUCCACAUUGUUCCAAGUAAUUGCAUGGCUUCAAUAUGAAAAUACACUACAUUACCAAAAGGAUGUGGACACCUGCUCAUCGAACAUCUCAUUCCAAAACCAUGGGCAUUAAUAUGGAGUUGGUCCCCCCUUUGCUGCUAUAACAGCCUCCACCUUUCGGGGAAGUCUUUCCACUAGAUGUUGAAACUUUGCUGCGGGGACUUGCUUCCAUUCAGCCACAAGAGCAUUAGUGAGGUCGGGCACUGAUGUUGGGUGAUUAGGCCUGGCUCGCAGUCGGCGUUCCUAUUCAUCCCUAAGGUGUUCGAUGGGGUUGAGGUCAGGGCUCUGUGCAGGCCAGUCAAGUUCUUUCACACUGAUCUCGACAAACCAUUUCUGUAAGGACCCUGCUUUGUGCACGGGGGCAUUGUCAUGCUGAAAUAGGAAAGGGCCUUCCCCAAACUUGUGCCACAAAGCAUUCUCCUGUCAUCUGCCAAACCCAGAUUCGUCCGUUGGACUGCCAGAUGGUGAAGCGUGAUUCAACACUCCAGAGAAUGCGUUUCCACUGCUCCAGAAUCCAAUGGCGGCAAGCUUUACACCAUUCCAGCAGACGCUUGGCAUUGCACAUGGUGAUCUUAGGCUUGUGUGCGGCUGCACGGCCAUGGAAACCCAUUUCAUGAAGCUCCUGAUGAACAGUUCUUGUGCUGACAUUGCUUCCAGAGGCAGUUUGGAACUCGGCAAUGAGUGUAGCAACCGAGGCCAGACGAUUUUUACGCGCAACACACUUCAGCACUCAGCAGUCCCGUUCUGUGAGCUUGUGUGGCCUACCACUUCACGGCUGGGCCGUUGUUGCUCCUAGACAUUUCCUCUUCACAAUAACAGCACUUACAGUUGACCAGGGCAGCUCUAGCAGGUCAGGAAUUUGACAAACUGACUUCUUGGAAAGGUGGCAUCCUAUGACGGUGCCGCGUUGAAAGUCACAGAGUAAGGCCAUUCUAUUGCCAAUGUUUGUCUAUGGAGAUUGCAUGGCGGUGUGCUCGAUUUUAUACACCUGUCAGCAAUGGGUGUGGCUGAAAUAGCAGAAUCCACUAAUUUUAAGGGGUGUUCACAUACUUUUGUAUAUAUAGCGUACAUUGUUAAACAUAGCAAUGUACUGAUAUAGGGGCUAGGUCUACUGUAAAUAAAAUUAUGUCUGAGCCAUGGACAUGCCAAACAUUGUCAAUAAGCAAUAUUACAUUCACUAUUGAUAAGGCCUAAAAAGACAGUGAAUAACUUGAAGAAAAUGUGAAUCAAAACUUAACAAGGACUUGUUUUAAAUAGGUAAUGUCUACAGUUACAGGCACCAUAAUUGCUCCCUCUGGGCAUCUAAUAUUAAGGCAACGUAGAUUAUGGAGGGUUUUACGCACAUCCAAACUUUUCACAGGAGCUGGACAUGCAGGGUUCCAAUGUAAUCAGAAAGGGGGAUUGUCCACUCACCGUUAUACUGCUCCACAAUUUAAUAUUUUAUAAACAUAAUGGAACCAUUUUACAGAUUAUAUUCGCACUUCUCCAGAAAUAGUAGACGGCUCCAAAUUGCAUUGCAUGCGAGCCAUGAACGAUCUCACCAUAAAGCCAUGGACGGCAAUCAUGCAAACGUAUUUAGGUUUUUAAUUAAAUUAAACAAAAAACGUACAUGUUUUUAUUUUAUUUGUAUUGCUGUUGUUUUUUAAACAAAACAAUAUUUAUAAAUAAGAUGAGGUCGGAACCAUGAUAUCAUAAACCGCAUCUCUCGUUUCAUGAGCAUAAUGUGGCGUUCACGUACUAUUGGGGUUAUCAGAAGUUCUGACUGUUAUCAACCGCGUUACUGCUAAUCUGCUUCUGGUAGGUCUUAAAUCUCCCAUUAGCGCCUCAUGAAAUUGGCACUUUUGCGCUUGUUUUUAAAGACACACCUCAAAUAUUGCCACCCCUUCCACCUCAGUGCAAGCGAGCGGAUGUUAGAGCGGUAAAUUGCCGAACCUGGCACAAGCGAUGUAAAAUGACAGAGCGACAGUUUUUACAUGCACAAAUUGCCAGAAUUUGAUCCUACUGAAUAGUGAUCUCAAAUGUUGUCUUUGAGAGAGGCCUGAUAAAAUGUUUGAUUAAGCUCUGUCAUUUAAAAAUAUUCUCAUCAUAUUUGUCAACUGAAAUGAUGUUGUAAGCAACACUACUGGGUCUUUCUUCAUUGAAAUCAUCACAUUGGUUCAGAGGAAAUCAUUUUAUCACCAUGCUUUUGAAUGAAAAAAGUAUUGUGGUAAACAAGACCGAGCUUUUGCUGGUAAUGCCGUAGUGAUAAGAAGAUCCGCCGACACUGUACUCUGUUUUCAAAGGUUUAUUAUAACAAAGGUUCCAGCAUCAGAAUUUGACAGAUUCUGCAGAUAUCUGUGAGACAGCACAGCCAAUCAGUAAUUUGCUAUUCUUCCUAUUCUAUUGUUCAAGACAUGGUUUUAUAUAAUUUAUGACGUAAUAUGGUGUGAUCCUAAAAACCAAUCCCUGGUCUUUUCUACCUUACUCCCCAUAUCAUCUUUCCAUAAGUAAUGAUUUCCAGAUGUUUCCAGCACUGUAGAAUAGAGUUACAUCAUUUUGCCACAUCAGCAAAAUCUUAGGGCCAAGUUUCCUACUUUUUGCAACGGUCAGCAUUUCUAGACUGUUAAGAUACUACAGUAUCUUGGUUUUCAACCCCCUCAUGGUGACUGUGUGUUUGGUCUUGUCUAUCCCAGAGGACAUCAUGGCCGAACACCUGAUAAAAUAUAUGGUGACUAAGGAGCCCAAGUGGAGGCCUUCUGCUGAGAGCGUGCUCGAACACCCCUUCUUCUGGAGCCUGGAGAAACAACUGCAGUUUUUCCAGGUCUGAAUCAAGUUUCAUUGUUCACAUUUAGAUAUAAUAUAAAAUCAAGCAAUUUUAUUCCCUGAAGAAAGCUCACCAGAAUAACUACAAUGGGGAUACAGUAAAUAUAACUACAAGUGGCAAUACUAUAGCCCUCAUUUUAGCUGUCUUUCUUUCUGGAUUCUCCAUUGAAGCUGUUUGUCCUUGUCAUUAAUGAGAACAUUAUGGAUACCAAGUUUGUCAGACAAUGGAUCAUCUUAAACCAUUGGUUAAAAUAGCCCACAGCUCAUCAGAGGAUGUUCAUUAAGUCCGUUUUUUCCUGGUAAGCUGAAAUUGUUUCUUCAUAUUAAACUGGAAUACAGUGGAGCAGAAACAGUCUGGUACUCAGGCUAGUAAUCGAGGACUCUAUUGGCUACAAAGCUAGAAGGUAAUAAAGGAGAUAUUUGAGGAAUUAAAGCCAUGUUUUCCCCUGUAGGGUGUGAGUGACUGGAUUGAUGGACAGUCACAGCUGAAGCAGUUGAAAAAUUCAAUCAUCGAUCAGCUGGAGUCAGAGGCAGAAAAAGUGGUCAAGGGGAACUGGAUGAAACAUAUCACUGAGGAUUUGCGAAAAGGUUAGUGUCUGAGGAUCAGUGUUUGAACACCAACAGACUGUGAGGCCUUAAUAUAAUUUACGUAUUGUAUAUCACAGCCACUUUAGCCUGGUCCAAAUCAAGAGCGUCAUGACUGGCAUGACAAUGAUUGAAAGAGGUGUUGGCUAAAACAGAUCUGGACCAGGCUACAGCAACAUCUCCUUUCUUGGCCUCUUUUGAUUACAUAAUUCUGGAUCAAUUCUUGCUAUACUGUAUAUGUAAUUAUCAUUGUUUGCUUACUGGCUGUCGCUCCUCCCUCUGCAGAUCUAGAAAAACGCAAAGGAGCAUAUGAAGAGGGCUCCGUUAAAUGUCUUCUACGGGCCAUAAGAAACAAGGUAAGUGUGUUCUGUCCAUUGGCAAUGAAUUACAUAAUAUCUAUUGAUAUGUACUGUAUUAUUCUAGUAUUUGUAUAUUAUCAAAAUGAAAUAAAAUGUUACUGGUCUCGUACACAUUUUGCAGAUGUUAUCGCAGGUGCAUCGGAAUGCUUAGGGAAUGAUCGACAUUUACAUAAUGGGUACCUGAAGGAAAAUGGAGGAGGGUCAUGCUUUUCCAAUUUCAAACCCUCAAGGGAGGGUUUAGUAUUUUUUAACUCUAGUCUAGUUUUAACUCUAGGGGAGGGUCAUGUAAUUUGUAAUUGAUGAAAUUUUAGAAUUAGUUGCUUAUUAGGCUAUAUAUCGCUGUGUGUCCGAUGCGCCCCUCAUCUCUGAUUCUCCACUGGACGCGCAAUAUGAAGUGUGCCUAUAGGCUAUUUAGUGUGGUCUCAAUCAAAUGAUCCACAGGCUAUAGGCUACAAAGUGCAUGCUCUGAGAAGCACAGAGCAAAGUUAUAUUUCUAUGAUAGCUGCUGGGAUGGUGUAAAUAAAACUAGGCUGCAUUACACACUGCUAUGGAUAUUCCAACCCUGAGCCCCGGCCUGCUCUUCUCUUAUUGAUCAAAAACGUGUUUAUGUGCUGCCUAACCAAUGGCUGUGCUGUGUAGGCCUACAGUGGCAGUUCAGGGGGAGUCAAAGGCUUCUUCCGAAUUAGUUUCUGUUGAUUAGGCCUAGUCCCAAAAAAUAUUGUAUGUGGACAAGCCUAUAGCCUAUGUUCUGUUCAGUUUGAGAAGGAGAGAGCGAAUAUGAGAAGGAGGACUGAAGGUCAACUUUGAUAGCUUGCUAAUACUAUAAUUGAUUUUAUUCAAAACAAUAUGUUUCUUGCCCAUGAUGUUGGCCAAUUUAUCAGACUUAUUGACAUCAUAAUAAGCCAGAUUCGAGUAACUUACAUUGUGGUGCUGAAACUUGAAGCAGGGGCACAAUCAAUUGGAAAUGGACAGCUCAUGGUGCUGAAAAUAGGCAAAUCUGAGUAGGCAUUCAUUUAAACUGUCUUCAUUUUAAUUUGACUUUACUAACAACAAGAGGGCUUUAUGUUGGAGCCUAUUUGUCUUCCUAUUUAAGAAAUAAGAGGUAGGUCUAUCUGUUUGACAGACAAAAUUAGGCUAUAGGCUGCUAUAUCCAUAGAUUUGUCGGUCAAUUCCUCCAUCCACUAUGCACUCUUUAAAUAGACUACUUCUGUGUCAGUGAAGAGCUGUUAAGUUAAAACCAAGACUCAAAUUGAGGGGGUAUGAGAUGGUAUGCCAUAGGCCUACUUUUUAUUAAAGAAAAUGGCAAAAAGCACAGGCCUACCCCUUGUUAGUUUAAGAUUUGGAAGAAAAUACAACUGAUCUGAUUUAUAAAGUGAUCUAUAACAGCGCUUUGGUCCACAAUUUUUUAAAUGCUAGAAACAAGCUGUAAAAUACCAGAGAAAGACGUGACUCCGAUGCAUAUGGGGAUAUCACUUUGACAUUCAGAGGCUGAGCUACAACCUUCUAUAGCCGAGGAGACAAAACAUGUACUUUGCUUGGGAAGUAAUCUAAUUCUGUCACUAUCAAUUGAUUAAGCUAUUCACUUUCUGUACAAUAUAAUAUUUUAAAACCCAGACAGCUUUUAGGGAAGCACUUGUGACCUUCUCUUGUUGGGUUAAGCCAAGGAAGAAGAGUAGCCAGCAGUUAAAGCUUACAUUUUUCUUCGUCUGUAGGCCUGGGGUGGAAUGGUAGGUCUAACUUUUGAAAGUACCAUGCUCAGAUUCCUACUGACGUCUCAGAUUUAAUUAUUUACAAACAGAGACAGUUUCAUUGCAAACAAGACAAACUCAAUAUUAGGAAGGUGUUCUUAAUGUUUUGUGCACUGUGUCAAACUCAUUUUAGCUCAGGGGCCACAUGGAGGAAAAUCUAUUCCCAAGUGGGCCGGACCGGAAAAAUCAUGGUAUAUAUAUAACUUAAAAACAACAACUUCAGAUUGUUUUCUUUGUUUUAAUACGAUCAACAUACAACAUAAAGCUGGAGCCUGAGGACAGUGUGUCCAAAAUAGUACAAGCACAACAUCACUAUUAAUCAUAAAACACGUCAAGUUUAUUUGAAAAUUCUAAAGAAAAAGAACACACAAACACACAAUGCCUCAGUGAUUAACAGAACUGUUUCACAGAUCACAGAACUAUAUCAGGGUGUAAUUUCUCAGGCAGAAAUGUAGAUAAAAAUAAUGAAAUCCUGUUCCCCAAACAAGUGCAAGAACCACAGAGUCAAGAAUAGGUUAAAUAUACAAAUAAAAUAAAAUCAAUUAAAAACAAUAGCACAUCAACAUAAAAACAUAUAAACAUAAAGCUGGAGCCUGAGGACAGUGUCCAAAAGCACAACAUCACUAUUAAUCAUAAAACACCUCAAGUUAUUUGAAAGUUCUGAGGACAAAGAACACACAAACACACAAUGCCUCAGUGAUUAACAUAACUGUUAUCACAGAUCACAGAACUAUAUCAGGGUGUCAUUUCUCAGGCAGAAAUGUAGAUAAAAAUAAUGAAAUCCUGUUCCCCAAACAAGUGCAAGAACCACAGAGUCAAGAAUAGGUUAAAUAUACAAAUAAAAUAAAAAUCAAUUAAAAACAAUAGCACAUCAACAUAAAAACAUAUAAACAUAAAGCUGGAGCCUAAGGACAGUGUCCAAAAGCACAACAUCACUAUUAAUCAUAAAACACCUCAAGUUAUUUGAAAGUUCUGAGGACAAAGAACACACAAACACACAAUGCCUCAGUGAUUCACAGAAGUAUAUCACAGAUCACAGAACUAUAUCAGGGUGUCAUUUCUCAGGCAGAAAUGUAGAUAAAAAUAAUGAAAUCCUGUUCCCCAAACAAGUGCAAGAACCACAGAGUCAAGAAUAGGUUAAAUAUACAAAUAAAAUAAAAACAAUUAAAAACAAUAGCACAUCAACAUAAAAACAUAUAAACAUAAAGCUGGAGCCUGAGGACAGUGUCCAAAAGCACAACAUCACUAUUAAUCAUAAAACACCUCAAGUUAUUUGAAAGUUCUGAGGACAAAGAACACACAAACACACAAUGCCUCAGUGAUUCACAGAAGUAUAUCACAGAUCACAGAACUAUAUCAGGGUGUCAUUUCUCAGGCAGAAAUGUAGAUAAAAAUAAUGAAAUCCUGUUCCCCAAACAAGUGCAAGAACCACAGAGUCAAGAAUAGGUUAAAUAUACAAAUAAAAUAAAAUCAAUUAAAAACAAUAGCACAUCAACAUAAAAACAUAUAAACAUAAAGCUGGAGCCUAAGGACAGUGUCCAAAAGCACAACAUCACUAUUAAUCAUAAAACACCUCAAGUUAUUUGAAAGUUCUGAGGACAAAGAACACACAAACACACAAUGCCUCAGUGAUUCACAGAAGUAUAUCACAGAUCACAGAACUAUAUCAGGGUGUCAUUUCUCAGGCAGAAAUGUAGAUAAAAAUAAUGAAAUCCUGUUCCCCAAACAAGUGCAAGAACCACAGAGUCAAGAAUAGGUUAAAUAUACAAAUAAAAUAAAAACAAUUAAAAACAAUAGCACAUCAACAUAAAAACAUAUAAACAUAAAGCUGGAGCCUGAGGACAGUGUCCAAAAGCACAACAUCACUAUUAAUCAUAAAACACCUCAAGUUAUUUGAAAGUUCUGAGGACAAAGAACACACAAACACACAAUGCCUCAGUGAUUCACAGAAGUAUAUCAUAGAUCACAGAACUAUAUCAGGGUGUCAUUUCUCAGGCAGAAAUGUAGAUAAAAAUAAUGAAAUCCUGUUCCCCAAACAAGUGCAAGAACCACAGAGUCAAGAAUAGGUUAAAUAUACAAAUAAAAUAAAAUCAAUUAAAAACAAUAGCACAUCAACAUAAAAACAUAUAAACAUAAAGCUGGAGCCUAAGGACAGUGUCCAAAAGCACAACAUCACUAUUAAUCAUAAAACACCUCAAGUUAUUUGAAAGUUCUGAGGACAAAGAACACACAAACACACAAUGCCUCAGUGAUUCACAGAAGUAUAUCACAGAUCACAGAACUAUAUCAGGGUGUCAUUUCUCAGGCAGAAAUGUAGAUAAAAAUAAUGAAAUCCUGUUCCCCAAACAAGUGCAAGAACCACAGAGUCAAGAAUAGGUUAAAUAAAAUAAAAUCAAUUAAAAACAAUAGCACAUCAACAUAAAAACAUAUAAACAUAAAGCUGGAGCCUAAGGACAGUGUCCAAAAGCACAACAUCACUAUUAAUCAUAAAACACCUCAAGUUAUUUGAAAGUUCUGAGGACAAAGAACACACAAACACACAAUGCCUCAGUGAUUCACAGAAGUAUAUCACAGAUCACAGAACUAUAUCAGGGUGUCAUUUCUCAGGCAGAAAUGUAGAUAAAAAUAAUGAAAUCCUGUUCCCCAAACAAGUGCAAGAACCACAGAGUCAAGAAUAGGUUAAAUAUACAAAUAAAAUAAAAUCAAUUAAAAACAAUAGCACAUCAACAUAAAAACAUAUAAACAUAAAUCUGAAAGCGUUGCUCAAACUCCCGUAACAGUCCCGUUAUUUUAUCUUUGAACCGCUUCAUGUCUGCCACAUGUUGGGUCGCGCACACAUUUUUCAGACAAGUGAGCUGCAUCACCACCGGCAAGUUGCGUCUCCCACAAUGACAGCUUCAACUUGAAAGAACGUAUGCUGUCAUAAUACUGCGUGACAACUUUGUUGCGCCCUUGCAGCUGUUUGUUCGAGUUAUUCAGGUGCUCUGUAACAUCCACCAUAAAUGCAAGGUCCGGCAUCCAUUCUGCGGAAUGAAAUUCUAACACUGGUUUGCCCUUUUCUUCCAUGAACUGUUCAAUUUCUUCUCGUAAAUCAAAGAAACGCCUCAGCACAGCACCUCGGCUUAACCAUCUUACCUCAGUGUGGUAUGGCAGGCCGUAGAUGUGGUCUUUCUCUCUGAGAAGGCUGUCAAACUGACGGUGAUUCAGGCUUCUGGAUCGGAUGAAAUUAACAGUUUGGAUGACCACCUUCAUGACGUUAUCCAUCUUUAAUGACUUGCAACACAAAGCCUCCUGGUGCAAAAUACAGUGAAAAGUCAAAAAAUCACGUCCUCCAUUUGCAGAUUGCACUUUCUCUCUGAACUUUGUCACAACGCCUGCUUUUUUCCCGAUCAUUGAGGGCGCACCAUCUGUAGUCAGGCUGACAGCGCGGGACCAGUCCACUCCGACCCUGUCCAGCGCGCCGACGAGUGCGGUAAAAAUAUCAGCUGCUGUCGUUGUAUCUGUCAUCGGCACCAACUCCACGAACUCCUCGGUGACGGUCAAUGUGUCAUCAACUCCGCGGAUGAAAAAAUGGCCAGUUGUGCAACAUCUGUAAUGUCCGUGCUUUCAUCAAUUGCAACCGAAAACGCAAUAAAUGACUUUACUUUUUGCUUCAACUGGCUGUCCAAAUCCACUGAAAGAUCGGAAAUCCUGUCUGCAACUGUGUUUCUUGUCAGGCUGAUAUUUGCAAAAGCCUGCCGCUUUUCAGGGCACACAAUCUCCGCUGCCUUCAUCAUGCAUGUUUUUACAAAUUCACCCUCACUAAAUGGUUUUGAAGCCACUGCGAUUUCAUUAGCAAUGAGGUAGCUAGCUUUCACUGCAGCGUCACUGAUGUCUCGGCUGUGAGUAAACACAGACUGCUGUUUCUUCAGACCCGCCAACAGUUCAUUCACCUUCUCUCAUCUCCGCUGUCCUUGAAAGUUGUCAUAUUUGUCGGCAUGAAGACUCACAUAGUGGCGACGAAGGUUAUAUUCUUUCAGCACUGCAACAUGCUCUGAACACACCAAACAUACAGCUUUCCCAUUCAAUUCCGUGAUUAAAUAGGAUGACCAUUUUUCUUGGAACACUCUGCACUCUGCGUCCACUUUUCUCUUUUUUGACAGAGACAUAUUGGGGCAAUGAGGGUGCCAAAGCACAUAAUGUUAAAAGUAGAAGCCGUAAUAAAUAUCGCGGGCAAAACAAAGUAGCUCAUUGGCUGCACGUGCUUGACCUACUUGCUCUGCCCCGGUAUAUACAGUUUGCUUGCUUAACACAAUUGCUAUUGCGCCAUCCAGUGGACGCAAUUGGAACAGCAGUUUAUUUUAUAGAAAAAUUGCAACAAAAAAAAAAAAUUACUUUUUUUUUUUUAAUCAUCUCGCGGGCCGGAUUAAACCCGUUUGCGGGCCUGAUCCGGCCCGCGGGCCGUACGUUUGACACCCCUGGUAUAGACAGUAUAUGGAUAGAAAAGGUGUGUACAGCAGUAGUUAAAUAGGAUGAGCCUUGACUAGAAUACAGUAUAUACAGUGCAUUCAAAAAGUAUUCAGACCCCUUGACUUUUUCCAAAUUUUGUUACGUUACAGCCUUAUUCUAAAAUUGAUUAAAUGGUUUUUUUCCCCUCAUCAAUCUACACACAAUACCCCAUAACAACAAAGCAAAAACUUUUAAAGAAUUCUUUGCAAAUGUAUUAAAAAUAAAAACUGAAAUAUUACAUUUACAUAAGUAAUCAGACACUUUAUGUACAGUACUUUGAUGAAGCACCUUUGGCAGCGAUUACAUCAUCGAGUUUUCUUGGGAAUGACGCUACAAGAUUGGCACACCUGUAUUUGGGGAGUUUCUCCCAUUCUUCUGGGCUCUGGCUGGGCCACUCAAGGACAUUCAGAGAAUUGUCCCGAAGCCACUCCUGCAUUGUCUUGGCUGUGUGCUUAGGGUCGUUGUCCUGUUGGAAGGUGAACCUUCACCCCAGUCUGAGGUUCUGAGCGCUCUGGAGCAGGUUUCAUCAAGGAUCUCUCUGUACUUUGCUUCGUUCAUCUUUGCCUCGAUCCUGACUAGUCUCCCAGUCCCUGCCGCUGAAAAACAUCCCCACAGCAUGAUGCUGCCACCACCAUGCUUCACCAUAGGGAGGUGCUAGGUUUCCUCCAGACUUGACACUUGGCAUUCAGACCAAAGAAUUCAAUCUUGGUUUCAUCAGACCAGAGAAUCUUGUUUCUCAUGGUCUGAGAGUCGUUAGGUGCCUUUUGGCAAACUCCAAGCGGGCUGUCAUGUGCCUUUUACUGAGGAGUGGCUUCCGUCUGGCCACUCUACUAUAAAGGCCUGAUUUGUGGAGUGCUGCAGAGAUGGUUGUCCUUCUGGAAGUUUCUCCUAUCUCCACAGAGGAACUCUAAAGCUCUGUCAGAUUGGCCAUCGGGUUCUUGGUCACCUCCAUGACCAAGGCCAUUCUACCCCAAUUGCCCAGUUUGGCCAGGCGGCCAGCUCUAGUAAGAGCCUUGGUGGUACCAAACUUCUUCCAUUUAAGAAUGAUGGAGGCCACUGUGUUCUUGGGGACCUUCAAUGCUGCAGAAUUUUUCUUAUACCCUUCCCCAGAUCUGUGCCUUGACACAAUCCUGUCUCGGAGCUCUACGGACAAUUCCUUCGAACUCAUGGCUUGGUUUUUGCUCUGACAUGCACUGUCAACUCUGGGACCUUAUAUAGACAGGUGUGUGCCUUUCCAAAUCAUGUCCAAUCAAUUGAAUCAAUUGAAAGGGUCUGAAUACUUAUGUAAAUGUGAUAUUUAAUUUUUAAUUUUUGAUAAACGUUCUAAACUUUCUAAAAAACUGUUUUUGCUUUGUCAUUAUGGGGUAUUGUGUGUAGAUUGAUGAGGGGGGGGGAAAAACAAUUUAAUCCAUUUUAGAAUAAGGCUGUAACGUAACAGAAUGUGGAAAAAGUCUGAAUGCACUGUACAUAUGAAGUUGGUAAAACAGUAUGCAAACAUUAAAGUGACCAGUGUUCAUUGACUAUGUACAUAGGGCAGCUGUGAUGGGUGAUUUGAAGGAUUCAGGCGCAGGAGGGUAAAUCACAGAAUACAGAGUUUAUUCCGGAAUACUGAGUUACGCAGAUAUAGCUCAAAUAGUCAAAUGCGCAAAACAGGCGCACUGGGAAAGUAUACCCUGGCAAUACAAAAUACACGUAGCUCAGCCGCGCUACUCUCUCCUCACAUUAAACAAUCACCCACAAGGACAAGGGGGCAGAGGGAACACUUAUACAAGUACUAAUGAGGGGAUAUGAACCAGGUGUGUGUAAUAGACAAGACAAAACAAAUGGAAUGAUGAGAUGAGGAGCGGCAGUGGCUAGAAGGCCGGUGACGACGAAUGCCGAAGCCUGCCCGAACAAGGAGAGGAGGAGAGGAGGUAGCUUCGGAGGAAGUCGUGACAGCAGCAGUCUCUAAGGUGCUGCUACUCGAAUUAAACACUAUAUUGGUAUAAGUAGUUCAUUGUGUAACAUUAAUAAUUAUUUCAUUAUUGAAAAAAUAAAGAUUGUUAUCAGAAUUAAUCAAAUACAUAAGGUAUGGACAUAUUUCUUUGUGUGACUACAACCUCCUUUAAUAUACUGAACAAAAAUAUAAAUGCAACAUGAAAUAAUUUCAACGAUUUUACUGAGUUACAGGUCAUAUAAGCAAAUCAGUCAAUUUAAAUAAACUAAUUUGGCCCUAAUCUAUGGAUUUGACAUGACUGGGCAGGAGCGCAGCCAUGGGUGGGCCUGGGAAGGCAUAGGCCCACCCACUGAGGAGCCAGGCCCAGCCAAUCAGAAUUUGUUUUUCCCCACAAGAGGACUUUAAUACAGACAGAAAUACUCCUCAGUUUCAUUAGCUGUCUGGGUGGCUGGUCUCAGAUGAUCCCGCAGGUGAAAAAGCAGGGUGUGGAGGUCCUGGACUGGCGUGGUUACACGUAGUCUGUGGUUGUGAGGUCGGUUGACGUAUUACCAAAUUCUCUAAAAAUGACAUUGGAGGCGGCUUAUGGUUGAGAAAUGAACAUUGAAUUCUAUGGCAACAGCUCUGGGGGACAUUCCUCCAGUCAGCAUGCCAAUUGCACGCUCCCUCAAAACUUGAGACAUCUGUGGUUUGUGUUGUGUGACAAACUGCACAUUUUAGAGUGGCCUUUUAUUGUCCCCAGCACAAGGUGCACCUGCGUAAUGGUCAUGCUGUUUAAUUCUUGAUAUACCACACCUGUUAGGUGGAAGGAUUAUCUUGGCAAAGGAGAAAUGCUCACUAACAGGGAAACAAAUUUGUGCACAAAAGUUAAGAGACAUUUUUUUGCAUAUGGAACAUUUCAGGGAUCUUUUAUUCCAGCUCAUGAAACAUGAGACCAACACUUUACAUGUUGCAUUUAUAUUUUUGUUCAGUAGGGGGACAUUCCUCCAGUCAGCAUGCCAAUUGCACGCUCCCUCAAAACUUGAGACAUCUGUGGUUUGUGUUGUGUGACAAACUGCACAUUUUAGAGUGGCCUUUUAUUGUCCCCAGCACAAGGUGCACCUGCGUAAUGGUCAUGCUGUUUAAUUCUUGAUAUACCACACCUGUUAGGUGGAAGGAUUAUCUUGGCAAAGGAGAAAUGCUCACUAACAGGGAAACAAAUUUGUGCACAAAAGUUAAGAGACAUUUUUUUGCAUAUGGAACAUUUCAGGGAUCUUUUAUUCCAGCUCAUGAAACAUGAGACCAACACUUUACAUGUUGCAUUUAUAUUUUUGUUCAGUAUUGAUAACCUCAUUAAAUGUGUGCAAGUGACAUUCUAUAAACUGUAUGCUGUUUCCCAUAGAGUAACCAUUACGAUGAAAUUCCUGAUCUCCAUAAGACGUUCGGCUCAUUACCAGAAGGCUUUGUGUCCUACUUCACCUCCCGCUUCCCCCACCUGCUGCUGCACACCUACCGGGCCAUGCUCACCUGGGCUGAGGAGGUGGCCUUCAAGAAAUACUACCCCAAGUUGAGAGAGGCGUGGAUGGUCUAUGACACACAGACAGCC